AUGUUUCUAAUUCAUACAAAAUUAAUAGCCUAAUUUGCCAAGAAGUAAUUCAUCAAAUCCAUGUUUGCACCUAUAGCUAAGCCUCAGCAAACUAAAUAAAGUGAAGAAUUCAAAGAAGUUAAGAAACUAUUUUAAAAUAUUAAUAAUGAAGAUAACAUUAAAGAGAGCAUCUUAGAUAGUUAUUAACCUUAACAUAUUCUGAAAUAAAUUGACACUAAUUUGACCAACUAUUUCUAAAAACGUAGCGUAGAAAUCAAAUCUAUCAAUUUCUUAAUAUAAGCAGUAAUUGCAUAAAAUAAAUUUGAAUAAAUAGAAGAAAUAAGAUAAUUUAUGAAUGAACUAAAAAUUAAACCAAAUUUAUAAACAUACAUGUGCUUCAUUAAUGCAUAUGGUAAGUAGAGAAAUGUGGAGAAAGCUGAGGCUUGUUAUGAAAUAGCUAAAAAAUGUAUAACUUAAUAUUAUUGAGAAUUUGGAUAGUCCUUGCAUCUCUAUAAUACAUUGAUAAAUGUAUAUUGCAAAAAUCUCUAAUCUGAAAAUGCUAUGACAAUAUUUAAUGAUCUAAAAAGGGAUGGAUUCGAACCUGAUAUUCCAAUUUACACAACUCUCAUCAAUUCUUUCUACAGAGUUAAAUAAUGGAAGAAAUGUUGGGAUUUGUUUGAUGAGGCUAGAUUAGAAUCCCGUCUUAAACCAGAUGAGAAUUUAAUUGGAUUAAUGAUUGAAAUAUGUGCUGAUGUAAAUCUUUUUAUUUCUCAUAGACUCAUGAAGCUGAAAAAGCAAUUCAAUUAUAUGAAUAAAUGAAUGAUAUGGAAUUUAGAGACACUACCUACAUAUAUAAUUCAAUCAUCAAAGCUCUAGGAUCAAGAAAAGAUGUAAUUCUACUUUUUUUAAUCUUAGUAUGCUGAAAGAGCUUUAGAGUACUAUAGAAAAAUGGUCUUAACUAAUAUUAAAAUGGAUUCUGAUACUAUUGUUUGUACUUUAAAAGCUUGUUCACAAUGUGGAGAUGUCAAAAUUGCUCAUGAAGUCUUAAAGUAAAUGUCUUAGCAUAAAAUUACACUUAAUAAAUACAUCUAUACUUAAAUUAUUAGAGUAUAUAUUGGGGCUUGUUCUUUACCUAACUUAGAAAAUAAAAUUGUUGACUUAUACAUUUAGGAUGCAUGGAAGAUUUUUAAUGAAGCAGCAUCAAAAUAAAUGAUAACUUAAAGAUCAUUAAAUUCUAUGUGUGAAUUAAUGGUAACAGCAAAUAGAUUACCUGAUCUUGAAGGUUAAGUUUUGCCAUUAUUCGAUUAAUAUUAAAUUCCUAAAGAUUAAUUUACAUACGAAUAGAUUAUAAGUAAUUUCAAUUCUAAUUUUAGAAAUUCUGUUUAUUGAAAAAAGAUUAUUAGAUCUCUAUAAAAUUUUUGAUACUGUUGCCGCUUAAAUGUAACCAACCUUCUAAAGCAUUUCAUUUUAUUUAGAUGCUGCCAUAUUAUUAGCAGAUGAAGAAAAAGUUAUUAAUGCAUUAGAUUGGUUCUAAAAAAUUGGUAAAUAGCAUUAUUAUUAAUUUAGACAAAUAACCUAAAUUUAAAUAAUUAAAGUAACUUGGUAUGAUGAAAAAUCUACCUCUAAGAAUUCAUGCCAUUUUAAAUUAAUAUAAUGAAAAAUUCGGAAAAGUUAGUGAUGAUAUUUAUAGAAUAAAUAAUAAUUAAAGACCUGCUUAAAAAAAAAUAUGA